UGCCUUGACUCAGCCGUGUAUUUAUGGAAAGAGGUGCCUCCCUCUUCUUGCAUAUCAGGCUGGUGUGAAGAACAGUUAACAAGGCCGUCAGUCAAGACCUGUCACCAUGCAGAGAGUUGCUGUGUUGAUCCUUGUUGCCUGCUGUGCUCUCACAGCACUGUCACUGGCCAAAGACACAAAUGAAUCCAAACCAUCUUCUACUAUGAGUUCUGCGGCGUCAUUUCAAGAUAUAAGUACUCCUAAAUCUGUAACUAAUACCACGACUCCUAAACCCACGACUAAACCCACGACUAAACCCACGACUAAACCCACGACUAAACCCACGACUCCUAAAACCACUCCUACAGCAGCACCUCAACCUACUCCAACUACCAAUCUGACUGAAGGAAACUACAAUUUGACCAAAGACAAAGGAGUGGUUUGUCUGAUGGCUCAGAUGGCGCUAAAGAUCAAACUUUCCUCACAGAAGGGCAAUGGAACCUUCAUUAUCAAACCAAACCAAACUACGGCAAGUGGUGAAUGCAAGGAAACAAAAGCCAACCUGACCCUUACCUUUCAACAGGGCUUCAUCACCUUCCUCUUCAAUAAGAGUGUUGCUAAUAACACCGCCUAUCUAAAUGCUGUGUCUUUCAAUCUGUCCUACCCCUUGACAAAGACAGGAACUCAGAAGUACAGUGAAAAGAAUGACUCGGUGCAUCUGUUUGCUGCAAAGAUCGGACACUCCUACUCCUGCAAGGAUGAAUCUAUCUUCCUGGGAAACGGACUGAGCCUCGAAGUCUCUAACAACAGACUGCAAGCUUUCAAUGUCACUAAGAAUGAAUUUGGCCGUCCUGACCCCUGCCCAGCUGACCAGCCUGACUACCGCAUUGCCAUCGCAGUGGGAGUGACUCUGCUGGUGCUCAUUGUCAUUGUGCUGAUAGUGUACCUGCUGGGCCGCAGAAAGAGGACAGCUGGCUACCAGUCGCUCUGAGGACUGACCGGCCGUAGGUCUAAAACAAGUGACCUUCUGAAUGAGGGAUUGUGGGUAAAGAGGCACUUCCACUGAGCCGCCUCCCAUCCCCUUUUACUAAGCCUAUUUGUUGCUGUUUUUCUGAUGUAUUACUAUUGAUAACAUUUGAACCAAAGAUAUACAACUUUAAACACACAGGUCAAAAAUAACUCACACACUUAAUUAUAGACUCUUUAAUGAAUCCAUGUAGAUAACUUUUAUAUGUUUUUACAUACAACCACACAAUGUUACACAAGUUUGAGCCCAAAUUUCAUCAAAUUGAAAAUGUACAACUUUAUGGGACACUAAAUUCUCUUUAAACUGACAUUGUCAUAAAAACUGACUGAGAAGUCAAAGUAAAAGACUCCAGUUAGCAUUCUUGUUUUGCUAAAAAACGGAUCAAUAAGGGAUUCAUUAAAUUCUUGGAUGUAACAUUACUGAUCUUUUUUUGCUGUCCUGAGUAUUAUACCUUUAAAGGUGAAAUUUAUUAAAUUUUAAUCCAGAAUUUAC